AUGGUCCAACUACAGAACUUCUUCGUUUUCAUUACUUCCAUGGUCGUGCCCCGUGGCACGGCAGCACCCGUACUAUUGAAAUGGUUCGUCAGUAGAGAUGUUCCCACUGGUGCCUCUUCUUCCAAUGGUACUAUAAUUCCUAUUCCUAUCCCUUUAUUCCCUUUUUUGGUCUAUCUACAUUUAAGGAAAUUCAUACGCUCCAUGGACAGAGCUAAAAGUGGAGUGUUGGUCAAAGCAAGCCGCCCUAUUCUAUUACCAGAAAAAAUGGAGAGAAGCUCAUCCGCUAGAAAUGCUUUAUUUCGUUUCGUUCCCGUUCUUCAUUUCCUUAUUAUCGAAUCCAUGGGGGACUUGUCAUAUUUAGAAUCUUUCUGCGGUCUGCUCUGUUUACAAUUCUUUCGUACUCUCUUCUCUUUACCACGCGAUAGGUCAGCGAAGCGUGAGCGGGCGCUCCGAAGUAAAGGCCAAACACUUCGGCCUAAGGGGAAUGAGCAACAAAAUGACAAGAUGAGGUGCCCCGGGCACCCCCAUAUAGAAAGAAGGGUCGAAGGUUUUGGGCCUGUAGCUUUCCCCGCCCCCCCCCCCUCGUCGAGUGGUGCUUGUUUGGGGGGUGUGCCACCAGAAAGCGGGCUUGAAGCUCUCGCCUUACCAACGAGCCGACUGCUGAUGGCUGUUGGUCACGACUACUACAAAAAAGUGAAGAUGAAUCUUUCUAUUUCACAUGGAGGAGUGUGCAUCUUUAUGUUGGGUGUUCUUCUGUCGUGCGACCCGAUGGCUUAUGUGCGACCUGUGGCCCACGCCUCCUAUUCUAUUUGUUCAGGGCGGGCGGCGUGAACUCUGAUUCGAUCCGGGUAUUCAAUCCCGCCGCUGAGAUGCUCAGUUGACUCCUUAACCUUGAUAGGAAGAUGGCUUAUUCCAAAAUUCGUGCAUAAGGGUAAGGAACUUUGGAUGAAUUAAUGCGAAUGGGUGUAAGCCUCGCUGCUCGGAAACACCCAGUGCUGACCACACUGAGAGACACGAAAGCGCAGGUAAUGCCAGUUGGCGAAGUGGCGUUAAGCAUCCCUAGCGGUACGCAAAGAGAGGUCGUGAUGAUAUCAUCUACGUCCGUACCGCUCCUCGUGGAGUAGAUCCCGCAUCCAACCAACCCUUUUUUGACCAGGGAACGGGAGAAUUCCCACUACCGCUGGCAGGCCAGCCGGGCCGUGAGCGCGGUGGGAACGGGCUUCCCAAAAAGCGAGCCCCGGCCCGGGUCAGCAUAGAAUGGGGGGGACGGCCCUAAUGUUGUGUUGGCCGGGUUGCGGGCGGAUAAAAGCGGACGUGGGGACUCGGGU